AUGUCCAUCGAUCCCCAGCUCAUCUCGGGCCUGCUUCAGGCUACCAUCGACCCGCAACGGCAACGGGAAGCCACGGAAAAGUUGACCGCAGAAGAAGGAAAGCCUGACUUCUCCCUCGCCGUCCUCCAGAUUGUCGCGACCGACUCAUAUCCCCUCGGCACGCGACUCGCUGCCGCCAUCUUCUUCAAGAACUUCAUCCGCAGAUCCUGGGUGGAUGCAGAUGGCAACCACAAGCUGCCGCCGAAUGAGGUGGACACCAUCAAGAGCGAGCUUAUUGGGCUGAUGGUCAAGGUGCCGUCAAACAUCCAGCUGCAGCUAGGAGACGCCAUCAGCAUCAUUGCCGACAGCGACUUCUGGGAACAGUGGGAGAGUCUCGUGGACGAUUUGGUUUCCCGACUGACUCCCGAUAACGCCAUCGUCAACAACGGAGUCCUCACCGUCGCACACUCCAUUUUCAGGCGAUGGGAGCCCCUCUACCGCUCCGACGAACUCUACACCGAGAUCAACCACGUCCUCUCCAAGUUCGCCCUGCCCUUCCUUCAACUAUGGCAAAACACCGAUCAGGCUAUAUCGCAGAAUGCGAACAAUCCCACCGCCCUCAAACCGCUGUUCGAGACGCUAGAUCUCAUCAUGAAGUUGACCUACGAUCUCUCCACGCAUGAUAUGCCACCGCAGUUCGAAGAGCACAUCGCUGCCGUUGCAGGCCUCUUACACAAGUACCUUACCUACGAGAACGCCCAGCUCAACACGGAUUCCGACGACGAACCCGGGCCUUUGGAGGUCGUUCGUGCGGACGUGUUUCGUGUGCUCGUGUUGUACACGAAGAAGUACGAGGAGGAGUUCCGGCCACAUCUGGGUCAAUUCGUGGGAAGCUCGUGGAACAUGCUCACGGCGGUCGGGCCCGAGACCAAGUACGACCUGGUCGUCAGCCGAGCGUUGGACUUCCUCACCACCGUUGCGAGUAUACGACAGCAUGCAGAGAAUUUCAAUAACCCGGACGUCCUCGCGCAAGUGACGGAGAAGGUGGUCAUCCCGAACUUGUCGUUGAGGGAGUCAGACAUCGAGCAGUUCGAGGACGAGCCAAUCGAGUUCAUCCGCAAGGAUCUGGAGGGCUCCGACGAUGACACGCGGCGGCGUGGUGCCACCAACUUCCUCAAGAAGCUCAUGGAGCAGUUCGAGAAGCCGGUCACGGACUGCGUCUCGCAUUACGUUACCCAUUUCUUGGCGGAAUAUGCAAAAGAUAAAGCGAACAACUGGAAAGCUAAGGACACCGCCGUUCAUUUGUUCUCCUCUAUUGCGGCAAAGGGUGCGUCCACUGCGGCCAAGGGCGUUUUGAGUGUCAACCCGAACGUGGACGUCCUCGACUUCUUCCAGAAGAACAUUGCCGAAGACCUGACCAAGGCGGAUGCAUCUCCCUUGCUGGUGGUCGAUGCCAUCAAGUACCUCUACAUCUUCCGAAGCAUCCUUUCUGCCCAGAAUUGGCAAGCUGCUUUUCCUUUGCUGGUGCAGCAACUCAACUCCUCCAACUACGUCGUCUACACAUACGCCGCCAUCGCGGUCGAUCGAGCGCUCUACCUGACCGACGAUCAGCGACAACCAAUCAUCCCUCGAGAGUCCAUCGUGCCGCUGUCAAAGGACCUGCUGCAGCACCUCUUCAAGCUCAUCACCAAGGAGUCCAAGCCGGAGAAGGUGCAAGAGAAUGAGUUCCUAAUGAAGUGUGUGAUGCGGGUUCUCAUCGUCAUCCGAGAAGGCGUGGAGCCCAUUGCCGAUAUGGUGCUGGCCAAUCUCGUCAACAUCACCAAAGUGAUUCGGCACAACCCUUCCAACCCAGGCUUUUGCUAUUACCAUUUUGAAUCCCUCGGCGCCCUCAUCCGAUUCGCUGGACCAUUGCAGCCAGAGAAACUGGAGUCGACCCUCUUUCCAACUUUCAUGGAGGUGCUCCAACAAGGCACGGCGGAGGAGUUCAAUCCUUACAUCUUCCAGCUGUACGCCGCUCUGGCCGCCGUUCAACCUGCUGGAACGCUCUCUACCAACUUUAGGGACCUGAUUGGGCCCGUCCUCACGCCGUCGAUGUGGGAUAGCAAGGGCAACGUUCCCGCACUGACUCGACUGCUAAUCACUCUGCUUCCACCCGGCGCGGAACACAUUGCCGCCUCGAAUCAAACCGAAAAGAUCCUCAUCAUCUUCCAGAAACUCAUCAGCAUUAAGGCGUACGACACGCACGCCAUGGAUCUCAUCGAGGCCGUCAUCGCCGCCUUCCCACCUACCGCGCUGGAAACCUACUGGGUCCCGAUGCUGCAACUCAUGUUCACGCGCCUCUCCAACGCCAAAACAGAGACCUUCACCAUCCGCUUUGUGCGCUUCUACCACCUCGUUUCCGCCCUGGUCAACCGCGGCCUGGGCGCCGACUUCUUCAUCAGCAUCGCCGACCGCGUGCAAGAGAACAUCUUCACCCCCAUCUACACCACCAUCAUCCUCCCCGACACGCAGAAAAUCACCCGCCCGUUCGACCGCAAAACCGCCGUCAUCUCCCUCACCCGCACCCUCGCCGACUCCCAGGCUUUCGUCGACCGCUACUCCAAACGCGGCUGGACAAUCACCUGCCAAGCUCUGCUGGAACUCCUCAUCAACCCUCCCGUCCCGCAGACUGCCAACGACCACAUUAUCGAAGACCGCGAUGUAGAUGAGCUCGGCUUCGGCGCGGCUUUCACGCAGCUCAACACGUGCAAGCAGCCGCCUCGUGACCCUUUCCCGGACGUGCAGGAUGUCAAGGCGUGGGUGGGCGUUACUCUGCGCGAGGCGGAUCAAAGGCAUAGUGGGAGGAUUGAGCGGUUUGUGGGGGAGAAGUUGGAUCCGCAGGGAAGAGAGGCUUUGGGACAAGUCAUGGCUGCGCAGGGAUGA